UUGAGACCACAUUUCAGGGCACACCGCACGCACUCCGGAGAAGGCGCGCCGCGAGUGGAAGGCAACGUGCAAGUCUGCUGGCACGCGCAAACAAAAGAUCUGCUCUCUAAAUCAUCCAGGAAAGGAAGGGCAGGAAUAUAUGCGCAACCGUACAAUUUCCAUGACCUUUAAUUUCUUGACCUACGACUGUACAAUGCGAAGGUGAUACGAGAUCAGAGUCGAGAAUGUUGGGACAAAUUGAUUUGCAUUAUCGUUCGUUUUGGGCGCUAAUCGCAGUGACAGCGAUUUUAUCAUGAUUCGCAAGUAUAAAAUGGCAUAGCUACUGUCAUAAUCCACGCAUUGGCACCUUCGCAAAUCCUUUUCUGAACCUCAUCAUGCACUCUAUGCAAGGCGCUGUCGCUCUUGUGCUUCUGGUCGCAUCCAGCGUUAACGCGGCUGCCUUGCCUUUUAAUCCGCUCGCCCCGCGUGCGGCGGUUUGCGACGCUAAUGCUCGCGCAUGCAGCGCUCAAUCUCCAUCUCCCGAUAGCUGCUGCAUUCCCGAAAACGGUAUCAUCGUUUUUGCCCAGCAGUGGCUGAAAGGAUAUUGUGCGUCUUCAAGCUGCCGAAUUACUCCGCCGAACUACUGGACCAUCCACGGUGCAUGGCCUGACACCUGCAGUGGCCAACAGACUGGGUCGUGUUCCGACGUUUCCUACUCCAAUGUUGCGGGUUUGGUUCAAAGCUACGACAGCUCGGUUUAUAACCAAAUGAAGCAAUUCUGGCCUAGUUACACUGGUGACAACAAUGAUUUCUGGACCCACGAGUGGGAAAAGCACGGUUCCUGCUACUCGCCGGCGGAUGUCUCUUGCUUCCCCAACUUUAAGCAAGGGCAGGAUCUUACGACCUACUUCCGUUACGGUUUGAACUUGCGCAACAAGUUUAACAUUGGUACCGCCCUCAGCAACGCCGGCAUCAACCCUGGUGGCAGCUACUCUUUGACUCAAUUGCGUAGCGCGAUUACCAAGACUUACCCGAACAUGAAGAUGUACUUCAAGUGCAAGGGUAAAACCCUCACGGAGGUGUACAUUGGCGUGUACGCGACCGCCACUGGAGGUGUGGCGGGUGCCUCUUUCUCGGGUUCAGACAGCUGCCCAGCGACGGUCUCGUACUGAACAUAAUUUGUUGAGCACCUGAGACGACUUCACGCCGCGGGGAUAAUGGCUGGUUCAUCUAAUCCCGCUGUAUAGACCUCAUGUAUACCUGUCUCUACGUGUAGACCUUUUGUACUCGUCUUGUGAACGGAGAUCUUUGUUAUGGUUCGUGA